AUGGAGAGAUCGUCUUUUGAUGAUUUUUUCUUUACUGAAACCGCGGUUAUUACCAUCACCACCAUAAAUCUCACCCUCCCUUCUUAUUUCCUUCUGAGUGGACUCCCCAGAUUAGAACAUCUCCAUGUUUGGAUUUCUUUGCCCGUCUCUUUCAUGUACUUAGUUGCUUUGUUGUCUACUUUUUGUGUUCUGUUUGUCAUAAAAACCGAGCCAAGUCUCCACCAACCCAUGUAUCUCUUCCUCUCAAUGUUAUUAGUCACAGAUCUCGUCCAGUCUAAUUCCACCAUCCCCAAAAUGCUUCUUAUCUUCUGGUUCAACCAUCGAGAGAUCAGCUUUGAGGGUUGUGUGGUCCAGAUAUUCUUCAUCCAUGCCUUCUCCAUUAUGAACUCCUCGGUGCUCUUGGCCAUGGCCUUUGAUCGCUAUGUGGCGGUGUGCCACCCAUUAAGGCACGUUACCAUCCUCACCACCCCGGUCAUCACAAAGAUUGGCAUAUUGGGGGCCAUGAGAGGAAUUCUCUUGAUGUUACCGGAAGUGUUACUGCUCAAGAGGCUGCCAUUUUGUCAGAACCAUAUUAUUAAACAGACCUAUUGUGAACACAUGGCAGUAGCCAAGAUCUCCUGCGGUGACUUCAGGAUUAAUAGUUACUAUGGGUUAUUUUCUGCUUUCUCAUUUGUGGGAGUAGAUUGUAUUUUUAUUGCAGCGUCUUACACCCUGAUAGUGAUGGCCGUCCUGAGGCUUCCAAAUAGAGAGGAUCGGCAGAAAGUUGGAAACACUUGUGUCACUCACAUCUGCGUCAUUCUUGUAUCUUACAUCUCAGAGCUCUUCUCAUUUCUGUCUCACAGGUUUGGGGGACACAUGGCGGAAACUACUCAGAUGAUUCUGUCCAAUAUUUACCUGGUUUUACCCCAAAUGUUUAAUCCAAUAAUAUACGGAAUCAAUACAAAAGAGAUUCAGAAGAAUGUUAUGAAAAUUUUUCAUUUCCGAAAGUCCUUAAACCUAUAG